GAUAUUGUGACUUUGUGUCGCGAGGGUAAUCACAAAUAAAUUUCCAGGCCUUUAAUCAAAGUAUUCCCAUUUUAUUUAUUAGGAAAAAUUUCAUGUGUUAAGGAAAUGUAUUUUGGGUUGGAUUAUAAUUCGCCAUGACAGAAAAUUUGCCACGGGGGAACUUCGGUCCCAUUCCUUCAUCCCUCCCGGCCGUUUCAUGGUUUGAAUUUCUAUUAAAUGAGGACCUCCUUGAGAAGCAUUUGCAUCAAGAAAAUCCAGACCCAUCACCUGUACAGUUAAUUGUUCAGUUCUUACAACAAGCUGAUGCUCAUGUUGUCAAAGAACCACUGCCCCCCAUUCCUACUGGAGAUAAUGGCAGCAUUGAACCUCAGGAAGUCAAAGUGUUCAUCAAGGAAAACAAGAAAGUGAAGGCUUUGAGAUUGCUGGCUUUGAAGGUUGCAGCACAUUUAAAAUGGAACCUCAACACUAUACUUACAGGUGUCCCUCUGGUUAUGGUACAGACCCUCAUCACAGAACUGUUGAAGAUUACAUUGGGAUGUGACUUUAACACUGUGGAGGACCGCUUGUCUGGGGAUACAGUCACCGAGGAGGCUCUGUUCUCCCUCCAUCUCUAUCACAGAUGGUGCCUGAUGUCGGUAGUUAGGGACAGCUUUCCUACCCGGCCCAUCAAACAGUUUGCUCAAAUGCAGGGGCAGUUUGAUUCCAUGGUAUCCAGUGCUAAUGAAGCUGUCAUCAGAUAUUUGAAGGAGAGGACAUCCCUUUCUGUGGAGUAUUUACAGAGAUGUCUUCAGUGUGGGCGUGUCCUCAGAAUGCCCACUAUGCAGUGUAUCGGUAUCCCCUCAGAAGAUUCUGAUGAUUCUCUGUUUCAUUGGGACAAAGCUGUAGACAUUGACCCCCAUGAUUACCAGUCUCAGAUUCAGUAUGACCUUGGAACCUUUAACUUCUACACAGAAGCCUACAGUGAAGCCCUUCACAUGUUUACUCAGUGUUUAGACACCAUCUCCAAGUUGACCUCCCCCCAGCUGAGUGAUAUAGACAUGGCCAGAUUAAAGGGUUACCAUACUGCAUGUCAGACUUUACGAUCCGUCCAGACUCCUCAAGAAAAAGCAAAGGAAAAUCUCUACCAGCUAGCUGAGCAGGCCAGACAGAAUGAUUAUCAGGGUCUGAUAGAUGUGCUUAUUGAGGACAACUUAAAGCAAGAACUGACAUCAGCCUACAGGAGUGAUCUAGAGGAUGAGUUAGGCAACAAGGAUGACAAGUACAGUGAAAUCUACAUGCAGGUCAGUGUUUGUAACGUUAUACGGAGUGUGAUGGAGGGUAAGGCCCUGGUCUCGCUGCUGGCAGACAUUGUGGAGGAUGCUGAUCAGUCAACUGUAGACUUUCUCAUUAUGGUUCUUACCAAAGCCAUGGCUGGAUCGUCAUUCUCUCAGAAAUCCAAUUUGAAGUGUUUCAUAUGGCACCUGAUGGACUUGUCACCUGUCGGAUCACGAUUCAACACAAUGGUCGUGUCGGGAGAAUUACGUAAUUACUUCACACAAGAAGAACUCAAGGAAAUGAACCAAUACAUAAAAGAGAGUUCCACCCUGACAUACAGUGACAUAUACGACGACGCAACAACCAUGUGCUCCAGCUACCCUAACAGUCGAGUUUGUUCAGUCAUGAGUGAAGGAGAAGAUUCCUCUGUGAGUGCUGGGACUGUAGAACAACAGCUGAUGUUUAUGUAUGAACCAGAGUCCAUUAAUAAUCUUACCAGAGAACUCAUUUUAAAACUAGGCAGGUCUCCAGCUUAUGUCAUGGCUCUUAAUGAAAAAUGGAAAGUUCCUAAGGAGAUGCAUCAGAUCAUUUACAAUCUGGCCCCCAGUGUAGAGCAAGCUUAUGUGUACCUUCUUAUUGGGAAAGCCUGUCACUGUAUUGAUGUUAGGAUUUUUGAGCGAGCUCGCCAGCUCUUAUUAGUAGCUGACAGAAACGUUUAUGAGAUAUCUUACAUCCUGUCCAAACAUGUCCGAUGGUACAUCCUGUUGGCUGAUCUCCUCCAGUUCUAUACAACUAAAUCCUUUGGAAUGAACACGACUCUACAGGACCUGAUAAAGAAAACCAAGACUUGUAUUACCUCAGUCAGACUGGAUCAAGAUAUUCAGCCAACCAUGGUGAUAUUGGAGCACUGUGCUGCCUUUCUUCUGAACAUCAGAGAUUGGCAGUAUCUAACUAACAUGGAGAAUAGUGGCAGUGGCCAUAUAGAGCUCUGCAGACUUUUAGCUUGUAUGUGUAAGGAGCUACCCACCAUUAAAGCUGCCAGAAUCCCAGCCAGGGCAUUAUGGGAGGCAGUUAAAAAUAUCUUCACCAUAAACCCCAGUCACAAGAGGAGCAUGAGUGGACGAAUGGACAGUGCCCAUGUCCGAGACUCCACACUGGCUAUUCUGGCUAAAGAACUCUUCAUAGACUUCCUGCCCAAAAUCAAGGAGCCCAUGGUCCUCUCUGUGUUGGUGUCUUGUCUGUCCAAGUUUUACAACAUAAUCAGGGAUGAAAUUAGCUGUGAAAUUUCAAGUGAUUACCUUCCAUUGUGGCCAACAACAGUCAGCAAUAUUAAGGCCAUGAACAAACCUGGUAUUGAGGAAGCAGUGGUACUUCUGAUGCAGCAUGUUCUACAGGUCAAUCCCUCCCAGCCCUCGUGGCUCAGGACACAGGCCGACAUCCACUUUGCUAAUGGCCAGUAUUCCCCCGCCCUUAAGUUCUACAUGGAGGCAGGGGUAGUAGCAUCUGAUUUCUUCUCCAGUGCUGUCCCAAAGAGUAUAUAUGAUGACCAGGUUUACAAAAGAAUGAUCAAAUGCUGUUCCUACCUACAGUGUCAUACGCAGGUGGCAGUUUUAUGUCAGUUUACGGAUGAGAUUGACUAUGCUACAUGCUUUAAAGCCCUACAGGAGCGGAACUGUUAUGAUGCCAUGGACACUUACUAUUCCUGUAUAUGGGACAUCAGUAUUCUAGAGUAUUUAGUCCACUUACAUUCUAAACGAGGAGAAAUGGAGAAAAAACAGGCAGCAUUAAAAGCACUAACUCAACUGGAUCUGAAUAGUAGUAACCCAGAAGACAUCAUUCAGAGAGCCGUACAGAUGCGCAAGAGGAAGUUCCUCCGAGCCCUCGCCAAGCAGUAUCUGUAGUGCUGCCCUCACCAAGCGAUAUACAUUGUGUUGUGGAGAGAAAACUUUCAAUAAGCAAUAUUCAGGAUAUUCCUUGAGAGAAAGUCAUUGAUCGUUCACCAAUAUUGAAGGAAAGAAUUGUUGAGGCAGGUGCAACAGUUUGUUUCAGAUGCACUGUUACAUGUAUGUACAUGUACUUUGGGAUUGACAUAAAUACUAUUAAAAAGGAUUCUUAUAUGUGUGCAAUGCAUUUUGGUGUAUUGAAAACAAUGUGCAAAGUUUUCCAAAGAUUUGAGUCAUUUGUACAUCUGUUGACUCUUUAAGACUAAGUUGUACUUAGUUGUGUGUGUUCUCUCUCUCUUGGUUAUUGGUGGUCUCAGUUACCUAUAUAUUUUUUUGUAAUUUUACACAGAACUUUACUGUCUUACUUUUAUGUGUAUCAGGAACAGAUUACUGCACACAGCCAUUUAACUGAAUUUUAAUUCUAUAGAAACUAGUACCAGCUUUUUCAAAUCAGUUCAAAAUUUAUUCAUUACAUGGACUGUAAAGAUUUAAUUUACAAGUUUUAUGGUUUCUUGUAAUUCCAUGUAUUAUAGGUAUCAUUGCACGUCAGGUGUUCAAAGCUCAGCACCCAUUCCUUGGUGUGAGGUAUCUCUCUGUAUUGCAAUAUUUCAGUCUGCAGGAAAUUAAAUCUGGCUAUAUGUACAAGUUU